AUGCGAGGACUUCCUUUUAAUUGUACAGAAAAACAGAUUAUUAAUUUUUUUACUGAUGAUUAUUUACCUUCUGGAAUUAUUGAUAAUGGAAUAAUUUUUAUAUAUAAAAAUGAUGGAAAAUUAUCAGGUGAUGCAUUUGUAAUAUUUUGUAAUGAAUUUGAUUUUGAAAGAGCUUUAAUGAAAAAUAAAAAAAUUAUUGGAUCAAGAUAUAUUAAAUUAUUCAAGGCAAAUAUUAGUCAAUUGCAUAAUUAUUUAUUAAAUAUAAAUAGUAAUAUUAAAUAUGGAUAUAAUAAAAAAGAUUGUAUACGCCUUAGAGGAUUACCAUUUGAAGCACAAAUACCAGAAGUUAUACAAUUUCUUGGUGAAUAUGUAUAUUUAGUUAAACAACAUGGUAUACAUAUGAUUUUAAAUAAUAAUGGUGAACCAUCAGGGGAAGCUUUUAUACAAUUAAUUUCUGAAGAAGGUGCAUCUCAUAUUGUAUCAAAAUUACAUAAUAAAUUUAUGGAAGUUGGUAAAAAAAAACGUUACAUAGAAGUUUUUCAAUUAUCUAUAAAUGAUAUUAAAUUAAUGGCUGGUCCAAAUAUUUUAAAUACAUUUUAUCCACAAAUGUUAUCAUAUACUUCUUUUUAUAAUGUUACAGAACCUACUUAUAUUCCAUCAUCAUUUUAUUAUUUAUCGUAA